AUGUCGGAACACGCCCCUAUUGAUUAUCAACAACUCAGUACUAACCUCCAAACCUUUUUUCAAGCACACCCACAGGUCGAUAAUGUUAUCGGAGUUGAAGCCUAUGCGCUUCUCCAACAGUGUCAACAUGGUCUUGCUCAAUAUGCAACGGAUUUACAGGAGAUAGAAGCGGAGGCUCAGAGAGCAAGAAGAAUGUUUGAACGAGAUCUUGCUGCUGUCCGAACCCAACAGACUGCUGUCGAGG